GUUUCGUCACUGUAACCCGGAACACAAUGCUCCCACCAUGAUUAUUGUAUAAGUGACCCCGCUUGCCUGCUUAGAGGCAUUUUUUUGAACUACUUUGUACUAAAGUGUUUUUUUUUUAAAAACACACUGUACAGGUAUUUUAAUAGUUUUCAAUCAUGCCGACGUCGCCUGUUAAAACGCGAAUCCCUCUCACUAGUUUCGGCCACCUGAUAACAGAGGUGAAGAGGCAGCUGUUUGGCAUCGAGGCGCCGGCGUCGGUGGAACUGACCGGUUUGAGAAAGUUCUUCAACAGCUACACGCUGCAGGGGCGCAGAAAUUGCGUCUUGGCGACCUACGGCAUCAUGCUGGCAACGGCGACGGCCUAUUUCAUGCACAGACAAAACAAAAAAGAAGCUCUGAAGAACUGCACCGCCUGAAAAAAGAUGAAAUAACAAGGUGGAGUUGGUGCACCAAUAUUUAUGAUGAGAAUACUAUGUGACUUAAAUAAAGGUGUUUUAAUGAU